AGAGGCGGGAAUGCAAACGGAAGUGGCUCAUGUCAGCAGAGUAGAUGAUUCCUACCGUAGCAUCGGUUUCUAUCCCGUGUUACAACCUGGUUCACCAUGAAUCCGCUAACGAAGGUGAAGUUGAUCAACGAGCUGAACGAGCGUGAGGCCAACCUCGGGGUGAAAGAGUCUGUCUCCUGGCACACGGAGUACAAAGACAGCGCCUGGGUGUUUGUCGGAGGAUUUCCGUACGAGCUGACUGAAGGUGACAUCAUCUGCGUCUUCUCUCAGUACGGAGAGAUCGUCAACAUCAACCUGGUUCGGGACAAGAAGACGGGGAAGUCCAAAGGCUUCUGCUUCAUCUGCUACGAGGACCAGAGGAGCACCAUCCUGGCUGUGGACAACUUCAACGGCAUCAAGAUUAAAGGUCGGACGAUCCGCGUGGAUCACGUCAAAGACUACCGUCCCCCCAAAGACACGGAGGACAUAGACGACAUCACCAAACAUCUGAGGGAGGAGGGCUGCGCUCCCAAAGCCCACGAGUCCUCCGCCUCCUCCUCCGAGGAAGACGAACAGUACAACAUACCUGUGAAGAAGCCCAAAAAAGACAAGAAAGAGAAGAAGAAGAAGAAGAAAGAAAAGAAGGAGAAGAAGAAGGAGAAAGAGAGGGCAGGUCGGGCGCUGCACUCCUCCUCUUCAUCACCUCCACCUCCUCCUGCCGUCAGAGUCAAAGAGGAGAAGGAGGACGCUGCCUACGACAAGUACAACCAGAGGAAGGCGCCGCCGCCAGGGGGACAACAGAACGGACAGAGAGCAAGAGAGAAUGAGAGACUGCGGGGGGAGGAGGACAGGAGGAGGGAGAUGGAGACAGACAGGAGGAGAGAGAUGGAGACAGACAGGAGGAGGGAGAUGGAGACAGACAGGAGGAGAGAGAUGGAGACAGACAGGAGGAGAGAGACGGAGACAGACAGGAGGAGAGAGACGGACACAGACAGGAGGAGAGAGACGGACAGGGAGCGAGAAGAGGAGAGGAGGAGAAAUCGUGAGAGGGACAGCGACAGAGACAGAGAGGGCGACAGGAGGAGAGAGACAGACAGAGACUAUGACAGAAAGAGACAGUUUGACCGGGACAGAGACAGCGAUAGACGAAGAGAGACAGAUGGAGACAGAGAAAAUGACAGAAGAAGAGAGAUGGAAAGAGACAGUGACAGGAGGAAGGACAUGGACAGAGAAAAUGACAGAAGAAGAGAGACAGAUAGAGACAGGGACAGGAGGGACAUGGACAGAGACAGCGACAGAAGAAGAGAUGCAGACAGACGUAAAUACUGAGACCAUCUGCAGUAAAUGAAAAAGAUUCCUUUAUGUCAUUUUCCUCGUUUGUUGAACAUCAGAGCGCUGACGUCCUGCUGGCGCCCUCUGCAGGCUGCUGCGUUCAUGACACAUGACGACACUGUUCAAUGAGUCACAGUCACAGGUGUGGGUGUGAGCUGCAGCCACAGGUGAGCAGAGUCCAGCCAGCUCAUGUAACAUCUACCUGUUAGGCCCAUGUUCUUCUCAGCUGCGUUCACACCUGACAGGAUUUUUGAGGUUCCUUCAGUUCAGCAUCACAAUGUCUGUUUGUCGUCUUAACCUUGAGUCCCCAAAACGUCUCGUUGGAAGAUGAAAUGUUAUAAAGAGCAGGCGGUGACGUUUUUACUGUCUGAGUUUUGUAAUAAAACUAAAAACGUG